AUGGACAACAUCGAAGCCUUUGAGAGAAUCUGCAAUUUCUCUCGCUCUAACGGAGUGCCACCAGACUAUGUCAAAUGCACGCUGUUCCCAUUCUCUCUUGAAGGGAAAGCUUCUCGCUGGCUCCAAUCUCUGCCAACCGGCUCUCUUACCUCAUGGUACCAGGUCCGAUCAGCGUUCCUGAGCCACUUCUACACGAAGUCUAAAACCGCGACUCUGCGGUACAUGAUCUCCAAUUUCAAGCAGAAGUCUGAUGAACCUUUUCAUGAAGCUUGGGAGAGGUACAAGGAGUACCAGAGAGAGUGCCCACACCAUGGGUUUGACGAUGACUAUAUAUUGGAGGUGUUCUAUGAUGGAGUGAGCUAUGAGUUUCGAAACACCCUUGAUUCUUCGAGUAAUAGAGAUUUCAUGACUCAAACCACACCUGAUGAUCUUGCUGCAAAGGUGGACCAACUGCUUAAGGGAAACCAAAUCCAAGUGUUCAUAAUGGAAGAAGCAGCUCUUGAGAAGAGUGCCGGUGACCUGGCGUUUGAUGCUGAAAUAUCAGGAGACGAUCAACAAGAGGUGAGCUACGUGAAUGGGCAAGGAUGGCAGCUCAAAAACUACCACCCAAACCCUAACGUGAGGAACAACCCACAGCUUUUCUGGCCUAAGCAAAACAAACCAGCUGAUCCUGCACAGAGUAACCAAGGUCAGUAUGCCGGGUAUCAAAACAACUACCAACCCCGGAUAUAUGUUAUAAGCCAACCGCAAAACAAUCCACCUCAGAUGCAGAAACACCAGAACACUCAGCCAGCUAACUCCGCUCCUGUCGCUGUUCCGCAAGAUGAGAUAAAAGCUAUGUUGCAGCAGCUGCUCCAAGGACAACAACUCCAAGGGAAGGCUCUAAACCAAGUUACUACCGAGAUCAAUACCAUAAUGAACCAUAUGUUCAACGAAUUGAGCACCAAGUAUGAUAAUAUCGCGAGCCAUAUGAGACAGAUGGACAUUCAGAUUGCUCAGACUGCUGAGAGCGUCAAGAGGCAACAAGGUACUCUACCUGGUGGAAAGCAACUGUCGGAACCGGUAAAGAAGAGGUUCACUACGGCUGAGAAGGGGAAGCAGAAAGAGUCAGAACAACCACCAGCCGAUACCCCGGCAGCUGAGAAGGAGAGGGAACCAACAGUUGGAACCAAUUCGCCAGGACCAGAACAACCAGCUGAGGCUGUCCGCCCGAUCCCAGAGCCUGUUCCUGCUCGCGAAUACACUCCUAAAGUCCCUUACCCUGUUCCAGCAAAGGCUACUCGUAAGGACCAAGAGGAGAUGAAGUGCAGAAAGAUGCUGGAGGACCUAACCGUCCGACUCCCCUUGAUGGAUGCGAUCCAGAUGAUGCCCUCCAUGCGCAGCUUUAUGAAGGGAUUGAUCUCAGGAAAAAUAUCAGAGGAGAGCGAAUUCAUGACUGUCUCUAAGGAGUGCAGCGCAGUGCUUCAGAACAGGCAGAUAAAGAAGCGAGGAGACCCUGGCAAGUUCGUCCUCUCUAUCCAGAUUGGGAAGACAGUUUUCUCAUGCUCCUUGGUUGAUCUGGGAUCCAGCGUAAACCUCAUGCCCUACUCUGUAGCACGACGUCUGGGAUACACGCAUUUCAAACCAACUAGGAUGUCAUUGGUGUUCGCAGAUAGAUCAGUUAUGUCCCCGGUUGGUAUUCUAGAGGAUCUCCAAGUAAAAGUCAGGAACACCUCUGUUCCAGCAGACUUCGUAGUUCUAGAGCUGGAAGAGGAAUCCAAAUAUCCUCUCAUUUUAGGAAGACCGUUCCUAUGUACUGUUGGAGCCAUCAUUGAUGUGCGGCAAGGGAAGAUUGAUCUCAAUAUGGGAGACAUAGUCAUGCAGUUCGAGAUGGAUGAGCUGCUGGCCGAUGCUGGAUGGAUAGACCUUCGAGGUGGAUGA